AUGGCGUCGUAAACAAAAACCUGCUGGAUUCAGUUAAGCCCGCACUAGCUCCGAGGACACCGGGCUACCUUAUCUAGCGACUGAAGUAGAAAAUACGCCCGCCAUUUGGGUGAAUUAUUUUGUCUGUGUUUGCCCUAAACCGCCGAUAACGUGUAGUUUAAUAGCUGGAGUGCAACGGCUGUGAAAACUUCACUAACCGUGAGCCUCUGGGGGUGAUUUAAGUCACGGGUUUAGCCGCCCUCAGUGUGCGGCUGUGAUUCUGUUUGUCUCUAGUCGACAGCUGACUGUUGCUGCUGGGCUGCAUUCAACCGGUGGAGCCGCUCCCGUCGGGGUUCCGACAGCUGAACGUAAAGUUCUGAUGGGAGCCGAACUUUACGUCAACUGAAACUGGACUUUUAGCUUCACCUCGCCAACAUGCAGAUGACCUUUGAGGCGUCCAGCAGCGUGACGCUGCUCUUUGACUUCUGGGACGUUCACGGCCCGGCAGGCAUGGUGCUGUCGGUGUUUUUCGUCCUGGUGCUGACCGUCUUCUUUGAAAUCCUCAAAGUGUGGCGGGUGUGGCUGAGCAGCAACUCCCAGCUGGCUCAGCCUCCGUCCGGGUCUGCGUACGCCGCCGCGCCGUCGGGACGCACCGAGAGCUGCUCCGUGGUGGACGGCAGUCCUUCCGAGGCCUCGCUGACCCCCACGGAGUCCCAGCCUCUGAGCACCAGGAACAGCUGGCUGCUGCACAUCAUCCAGACGUGCCUCCACGUUCUGCAGGUGACCCUGGGCUACAUGCUGAUGCUCUGCGUCAUGUCCUACAACGUCUGGAUCUUCCUCGGCGUCGUCCUGGGCUCCGCCCUCGGAUAUUUCAUCUCCUUCCCCCUGCUGGGCCAGAUGUCUCUGUAUGGCCGGGUCAGACACUGAGCUCCUGCACUUCCUCGUCCUGAAGCGCUAAACGGAUCGCCUGCUCCGGACGUUCGAUUAAAAAAGUCAUUUUUCCUCUGGACUUCACCGCUUGUGCGCCGACAGCUGCGUAACAGUGACUUGCAGAAACCAAAAGGCGCGGGAGAGACGCUCAGGAAGCAGUUCAUCAGGCCAGAGUGGUGCAAAUAAUGUGGUUUAUCAGCUGCAGGUUAAAAACGGCUUCUGCUGGCUUUAACUCCUCCGUCUGUGUUUAGUCAACAAACGCUGAGGGACCUGCAGCAGAUCCAUUUAACAUUUAUAGUUAGAGCUUCAGAAACACUACACUGGUCAGAUUGUUUACAAAGCAGAUUUCUUUUUAAUGCUAGUGUUGGAGAGUUUGAGUGAACUCUUUUAAGUCCUCGCAUGCUCUAACGGGAGACGUCCUGCUAAUUGAGGAAAUGACCCAAGUGAUGUUCGGCCUGGAAACUCCUCAGAUGGAUCAAAUGAGUCAUUUCGCCCAUCGGUCUGUCACAUGAUCCACCUUUUCUUCCUCGUCGCCUCGUAGUCGCUUGUUUCUCGUUUUGAAACAGAAAAUCCAACUUUCUAAUAUCCGUAUGUUUGAGACUUUGUGAUUUAGUCUUUGUGAUUCACUGUUUCUUGGUUUGUUUGAAUGAAAAAUAAAGAUUAAAGCUGCUGAAACA